AUGAUUCAAAUUGUAAAGGUUCCAAUUAUAGAUGGUAAAGUAGAUGAAGAAGUUUAUAAUAAUCAAUUAGACGGUUAUUUCACAAAAGAAGAAUUUACGUCCCGGUUAAAAUCAUUUAAUCUGGUUUAUAAAACAUAUCAAGAGAAAUAUUUAAAACAUAUCAUAUUACCCUUGCUCUUACCGAUAUUUUGUAUAAUAACGAUAUUUCCCGUAGUCAUUAUAAAACAAAUCCAUAGAGGAUAUGUUACGCCUAAACUACUUUCAAAGAAUUAUAUUGGAUUAAUUGGUGGAAUAUUACCAUUGAUCUUUGUUGGUUGUAUUCUUUGGUAUUGCAUUGUUUGUAUUAAUUAUAAAAGAAAAAUGCAACGUGAAAUUCAUUUACUUGUUACAAAAAAUAACAGUCAUGAUUACUCUCGUCACGUGCAUUGGAAAAUAAUCAAGGAACGCAAUGGUAAACCUACCUUUUCCGUCUCCAACUAUACGGAAUUCUUGACAGUUAACAUUGUAAAGGAUUUACGUUGUGAUUACAACUUGUCAUAUCGUUCGACAUCCUCUGUCAACGUUAAUCGUUCUUUAAAUAAUCUUUCAUUUGCAACUUUAAUGGAUGAAGAUUUAUCUUUUUCGCCACCUCCACCUGUUUAUUCUUCUUCAUCGCAUAAUUGCAUGCCUGAUUCGUCAUCGUUACACUCAUUAUCUCCCGAAAAUUUUCAUUCCCGGUUAGAAAUUUCUGCGAAUAAUGAAAAUGAUAGGGUUAUUGAAGUUAUUGAUAGAGGAUCAAAUCCUUCAUUUUUCUUAAAUCUUCCUCCUCCAACAUAUCAAGAAGCUUUGAAAGAUUUAGAUGGCACUAGUGUAUCAUUUGUUGAAAGAAAGCAGGGUAAUGAUGGUGUUGAUACUGGUAUGGGAAGAAGAGGCAGUUAUAUUAGAGGAUGGUUAUAA